CUCCAGGUCAUCAUCUUUGGGCACAGACUUGUCACUUGCCAAGAAAAGUUAACUCUGACCUAUUUGCCGUACUAUCCAACUAAUUAUCUCCACUUAGCUUUCUCUGAACUACGAUGUUUUAGUUAGUCUUGACAACUUCUAAGAGUUCAAAAAUAUUGGAAUGGACAAAAAACAAUUGUAUUAAAAACAAAAGCAGUUUGACGUUAAUGUUGUGCACUUAGUGAAUUUUCUGUUAUUUCAUUCAAUCUACACCUUCCACUGAAUUAGUACAAUUCUUCAGUCAAUUCUGAAUUCUCCAGUCUGAUAUACUCCAAGAUGUGAUGAUGAAACAUAUAGCUAGAACAGUCCUGACGUUCUGAAGUUCUAUGGCUGGAGGACGGCCCUGUGUGCUCAACUUGUACGAGGACCAUGAGCGGUGGGAGGAGUACAAAUACCAGACUUUCUUAUUCCCAGAAAGACUUCAUUCUGAACUGACCGUGGACGGAGCAAGUGUUGAGGACGAGCCAGGAAGUCGUACUGACAGAGUGUGGCGUGAACUCAACAGUAGAAGGAUGAAACCUAGACGAACUUUACUGAGGAAAGAAGGUCAAAGUAACAUUGCCUACAGAGGUAUACAAAAGAAAAAAGUCAAGUUUCUGAAAGACCUCUACGUCACCCUGCUGGACUUGAAGUGGAGAUGGGCCAUGCUGAUUUUAUUUCUGGGAUUCUUUCUUUCAUAUUUUUUCUUUUCAAUUCUUUACUUUCUCAUGUCUUACACCCACGGGGACAUAACUCAUGCCGGAGAUCCAAACUUUACCCCCUGUAUUUAUAGACUGGACUCCUACUGGGACGCUCUGUUAUUUUCUAUAGAGACACAGUCCACUAUAGGCUACGGCACUAUCUAUCCUAAUGCAGACUGUGCGGGGACUCUGCCAGUGGUCUAUCUGCAGAUAACUUGCGGCUUCUUGUUAGAGACAGUUUUAUUAGGUUUUAUCUUUGUGAAGAUUGCACGACCAAAACACAGGCGACAUACCUUGAUAUUUAGUCGUAACGCCUGUAUAUGCCUUGAAGAUCAACAUCUAAACUUACAAAUUCGUGUUGGGGACAUCAGAAACUCACAUCUGAUAGAUUGUCAUGUUUACGGUGCUCUAGUCAAGAGAUAUGUCUGUCAAGAAAAGUACGUCUACCCACUGUUUCAGCAUGAGAUUGAGUUUCACGCUCACAAUAUGAAAGACAAAGUGUUUCUUAUCUGGCCAAUGGUGCUGAGUCACAAGAUCACUAAAGACAGUCCACUUUAUACACUCACACCUGAAGAUCUAAUCUAUGACAAGUUUGAACUGAUCGUUGUCCUGGAGGGUACUAUAGAGUCCACUGGAGAGAUGGUCCAGGCCAGAACAUCUUUCACCAGUAAGGAGAUCCUCUGGGGUCACAGGUUCACGAGAGUUGAAGAGUAUGAUGAGAAGACAGACAAGUGGUGUAUCAACUUUGUUCGCUUCAACAACGUAGUUCCGAGCAAAACCCCGAAAUGUAACGCUAAAGAUUUGACUGAGAACCCAGAACGUGUGCACGAAGUCUACACAGAAGAGGACCCUGUGGAGAUUGAUCAACUGACCAGACAGAAACACACAUUGGCCACUAGUGUAGACACAUUAGAUACCGAUGCAGUUUACAGCACUGCAUCAGAAGAUGAUCAACGAGUAGAGGACGUGUAGAAAUGACCGAGGACAAGUCCAUCCUCUGCAAACAAGUGUAACUGUCAGGUCAGAUGGUUGGUCAGACUGGUCAUAUUAGAAACAAGACCCACUACAACAAAUGUCACACGUUGUUUUUAUUUAAUGCGAUACUUGGAUACCUUUUUUUAAACUUUGUAUUUACUUUUAUCAAUAUCCUCUGUAUCUAUCAUUUGGCUGUUGUAUUUGCUGUUGUCAAUCUUGUUGUCGCUGGGUCUCUAUGUGUGUGUUUAGUGUUGCUGUUGUUAUUGUUCUUGCUCAUUUUGGCUGUUGUUUUUAUGUCUAUUAAAUUUUUUGCACAUUCCAAUGUAACUUUUUUUUUAUUGUACAUCUAAUAAUAAUCUAAUAAUAAAAAUGUCUGUCCAACAAUUAGUUAUUUAAGUCUAAAGUUCACUUCCGGUUACAAUCUGCCAUCUCGCUUUCCCCCCCCCCCCCAGUGUUUUGUUUUCUCUUUAAGUUCUGUCGCAUAGGACAUGAACAAUGCUCUGCCAUAUUAUUGAACUAUCCCAGGCCACUUUGUUGAACUAUCCCAGGCCACUUUGUUGAACUAUCCCAGGCCAUUUUGUUGAACUAUCCCAGGCCACUUUGUUGAACUAUCCCAGGCCACUUUGUUGAACUAUCCCAGGCCACUUUGUUGAACUAUCCCAGGCCACUUUGUUGAACUAUCCCAGGCCACUUUUUUGAACUAUCCCAGGCCAUAUUGUUGAACUAUCCCAGGCCACUUUGUUGAACUAUCCCAGGCCACUUUGUUGAACUAUCCCAGGCCAUAUUGUUGAACUAUCCCAGGCCACUUUGUUGAACUAUCCCAGGCCACUUUGUUGAACUAUCCCAGGCCACUUUGUUGAACUAUCCCAGGCCACUUUGUUGAACUAUCCCAGGCCAUAUUGUUGAACUAUCCCAGGCCACUUUGUUGAACUAUCCCAGGCCACUUCGUUGAACUAUCCCAGGCCACUUUGUUGAACUAUCCCAGGCCACAUUGAUUGAAUAUUUCAGAGCUGUCCAGGUUUUUUUUUGUUCUUGUUGGAUAAAGAGACAACUGUCAACAAUUUAAAGAAAUAAU